AGUUCAUACUUUCUUUUGACAUCAAAGCCGUCCUCUAUACAUGUUUAAUGUUGCGUUAUACUACCGAAUUUACUUUUAAAAAAGAAAUUCCCGGAGACUCAUGGUGUGAAUGCUUGGGUCAUGAAUCUAUGCGCUCGUCACUUGCUUCAAAAUCCUACACAGUAGGAAGCUACAGCCCUAUGAAUCGAUUGCCUAUCCUAGACAACAACGUGAAGCUGAAAUGGAGCAAUCAGUUGGUUCACUGCAGGAACAGGCAUUAAAAAGGAAAGAGCGGCUUAAAGCAUUAAGAGGUCGACAACUUCAAGGAAGAGAUGGAGAUGAUGGAGAGCCUGACUGUAAGAAGGACCGGGCAGAGGAGGAAGCUGAAGAGGAGCGACACAGAGAGCUGAAGCUGAGGAACUACACCCCGGAGGACGAGGAGUUGCGGGUGAGGCAGGUGCCAAAGGCCAAGCCAGCUUCCGUGGAGGAGAAAGUGAAGGACCAGCUAGAGGCAGCCAACCCUGAACCUGUCAUUGAGGAGGUGGACUUGGCCAAUCUCGCACCCAGGAAACCUGACUGGGAUUUGAAGAGGGACGUGGCAAAAAAGCUUGAGAAGCUUGAAAGGAGAACGCAGAAAGCCAUUGCUGAACUUAUCCGUGACCGUCUAAAAGGCAGUGAGGAGGAGCUGGCUGGAGUAGUGGGCGCCAUCGGAGUGUCCGCAGAAGGAGACUCUGACUGAACCCUCACCCCAGAAACGCCACAUAGCCACCCUGGAUCUGACCCCACCAAUGCAUAUGGUCCUGUUCUGUACAGCUCAGUGUUUGUUGUGGGAAUCAGAAACUUAGGGGUUCAUUCCCUGCAAAUGCUGUUUGAAGUGUAGUGCGUUGACUAAGGAAUGCUAAUCCUUGCAGGAGUCCCAGAUGUCAUCCUGGUCAUUGAAAACAAUAUCCUGCAAACAUAUGACUGUCAAAGAGGAUUUAACUUUGAAUUCUGUGUAUUGUGUACUGUUUUAAGGAUGUUUUGUGUCAUCGUAUACUUUAUGUAUGAGUGUCAUUUUCAUGAUCAUUUUCCAGUAAAAUUAUUUGGAUUCUUCCAACGGUU